GCUGUUUGUGUGUUCAAAAGACCGUCCCAACACCAUCGCGUGCGCCAAACGGCCAAACAAGCAUCAUGUUCAACGCACUCAAAGACCAGGCAGUGCAAAUCGACACGAAACUGAAAACAUUGCGCAAGCAGUGUACCACAUUCGCGAUCGGCUACGUGGAAAAGGACGAGUCGAAGCAGCAUUCCGUGCGGAAAACGAUAACGGCUGCCAGAAGCGAGCUGCGCGACUGUACGGCGGACUGUGACAGUUUGGUAGAACAAACACAGGCACUUUUUACGCUGUUGACAUUGGCCGAUAAAGCGGCGGACGAAAUAUACGAUUCGGUUAUCAAACUGUACCACGAGCAAGGUGUGAAGGUGCCCCCGAUCGAGCUAGACAGCAUACCGGUUGGAUUUCCCGUGCAUCUGCUGUCCGUACCGGAACCGGAGGCCACCGAAGGAGCGGACGAAGAAUCCGAAGCGAAGGGGUACGAGGAGCCGCACAGCAGCGGCAGCGAGUGUGAUUCGGACGGGUUUGUUUCGGAAAUCUUCAUCACCAGACCGCCCGGCGAGGAAGGGCUUGCGCCGGAAACGCCGAUGAUAAAGAGUCGAAAAAGGCUAUUUUAAUCGUUACACAGCAGUUUUUCGUUUGGUCGGAUUGUGGUGAGGAAGUGGUGUACCAUGGCAACGAUACCGGCGGUGACUAGAAUAUCGUCACGCUUGAUUCGAAUUCUGGGCUGUAAUCCCAGCCCGAUGACGCUGCAAGGCACGAAUACGUAUCUCAUCGGUAGUGGACGAAGACGGAUUCUGCUGGAUACGGGAGAUGCGAACGUUAAAGAGUACAUUGGUCAUCUGCGCAAAGUGUUGAUGGAAGAAAGGGUUCUCAUCAACGAUAUCAUUAUUUCACACUGGCACCAUGACCAUGUCGGAGGUGUGGACGAUAUACUGGAGGUCAUCGAUAAUAAAGACACAUGCAACGUGUGGAAAUUCCCCCGGACGGAUGCUCCCGAGCCGGAAGUACGCAAUACGACGCUGAAGCAGCUGAGGGAUGGACAAAUAUUCACAACGGAAGGAGCCACGCUGAAGGUGGUCCAUACGCCGGGGCACACGACGGAUCACGUUGUGCUGGUGCUGCAGGAAGAUAAUUCACUGUUCAGUGCCGAUUGCAUUCUCGGCGAAGGUACGACGGUGUUUGAAGAUUUGUAUCAGUACAUGAAAAGCUUGGAAACGAUUUUAAACGCCAAACCUUCCGUUAUCUAUCCGGGGCACGGUAAUAUUAUCGAUGACCCAACGGAACGAGUAACGGAAUACAUCAAUCAUCGCAAUCAUCGCGAGAAGCAAAUCUUUGCCGUGUUCGAGGAAAGCCCGGACAAGCAGUACAACGAGAUGGACAUUGUGCGUACGGUGUACAAGGAAACGCCGGAGCAACUUUGGGCAGCGGCAGCGUACAACGUGAACCAUCACCUGAAAAAGCUAACCGUCGAGGGCAAGCUGCUCGAGUGUGUUGAUAGCGAGGGCGGUAAUAGCUGGAAGUACGUACAGCCAGCUUCCCUGUAAAUGUCAGUGUGUUGGUUUCGUUUGCCAUAGCGUGGUGAUUGGCUAGGAUUUAGAAGAGUAAAAUCCGACGGGCACAAGCGGGCGAAGGUAUAAAAAUUAUUUUUCUUUAUUUUCUCAUCCGUAAUAUAAGUAAGUUAACUUAGUAGCUCUUGCCUAACCUGUGGGACGUGUGGGGGUACCGUGUGCAAAGUACAGCUCUGCAGUAAAUACAGCUUAUAAGGGAGGGCAAACAGAUGAUAGCUGGAGGGAGAGGGGAGAUGGAAAACCUCCGCACGCAACGCGCUCAACACAGAGUGGAGUGGACCUGUGGUACGGUCAGCUGGACAAGCGGGACCACCGGGCACCGAAAGGAAGGAGGCGUCGAUGGAUUUUUUUUUAAUUAUUUCUGCUCUCAGUUAUUGCACAGUACAGCAGCAGGAUCGUCCUUCCAGCUCGCUGCGAAGAUGAUCUUCCACCGUGACCGUGGGCAGCUGCUGGUGGUCCGGCCAGUGGCAGCAGGACGCAUCAAUUUUUGGCACCAUUCCGGACGGAUUCGAUUUCCUCCUUGAUGAGUUCGAUCUUUUCGGCGUAGUUUUUCUGGAUUUCCUGCAAUGUGACGAAGAAGAAUCCUUUGAAUGAAAGUUUGUUUAGAAGAUGGGUAUUAGAACGUGAUCGAAAUGAGUACGAAGGAGUAUGAGCGAAGGGGCACGUGAAGCACAACAGAAACAAUUACACAUCACACACACAGAGAGAGAGAGAGGUGAGAGGAAGAGAAAGAUGGACAAACAUUUUUUUACAUUGAAAUUUUACACCAAGGACAACCACUGUACAGAGUGCUGUGUAUGUGUGCUUUAAGAUCUCUUCUCUACAAGCUAAUGAAACGGGACAAACGAGACAUCGGAACACAGGAGUAAGUGGGUUCGGGAAGGCUUGGGAAGGGUUGGUUUGCAGUGAACCGGAAGCGGGGAACAUGUGAUGGCGCAUAGGAACAGCACAUUACCUCACUUUCUUUUCGUGUGUGGAGUGUCUUGUUUGUAGUUUGUUGUUGUUACAUCGUAAAUUGGUAAUAUAAUAAGAACGUAAGCGAAUAUAUGUAGUAGUAGUAGUAGUAGAGUAGUGCAAGAAUGAUUUAGUAGUAGGCGCACAGUGCAGAGCGAAAGAGAGACACUCCUCUCCGUUGACAUAGGUGGUAGUAGUAGUUUCUGUUUGGUCAGUGGUAUAGUUUAUUGUUUUGUUUUCAUUUGAAUCAUUUCUUUGUAUGUGCAGUUUUUUUCAAGCAUGGAAAAUCAAUCCCAGCUCGAUCCGCCGUUUUCUGAAAGUGUGAAGAAGAAAAAGAUUUAUAUAUAUACAUUAAGAGUACAAACAUCUCGGGCAAGGAUGCGUUUGAAAAGCGGUGGGUUUUGGUUGAUCGUUUGGUACGCUGCUGGCGCUAAUAUUUUUGUGUUUCAGUCUGUAUUUUUCUAUUUUUUUCCGAAACUAGAAUGGGAAUAGGAGAAAUGAGUUACAUUACACGAGCAGAUCUUUUGUGGGUGAGUUAUAUUUUGAACUAAAACGGUUGGCAAAUUUGGCAAAUACUGCUGCUGGUAUGGGUGCCCAUGUUAGCGUAUUUUCUACUCUACUUGCGAUAUCUUGACGAUCGGCCACAAACGCUUGAAGCUUUGGAACACGCCACCAAAUAAAUGAGAAUGAGAUCACGGUCAACGAAACAGUGUUGGCUGACCCUCCUAGUACAGUUGAACUUUACUACCCAACCAAAUGCUUUAUUGUCGGGUUGGGUGUGAUCAUUAAGAAACUUGGAUCCAGGCUUCUGAGUAUCCGUUUAAAUGGUGAAGAAUAUCCUGCACAAGUUGUUCCUGUCAAGAAUAUCCUGUCCAAGUGAUGAAUUCAAAAUGAGCAGUGGAUGGCCAUUCAACUAAUCAAAGAGACCGAUCCCGGCCUGAUCUUGAAAGCAGGAUCAUUCCAAUCCAACAAUUAUAAAUACAAGAGAUUCUAGGUCAAGGUAAUUGGAAGAAGGAUUCGAAGCAACUUUGUAUACAUGGAGUCAUCUGUACAGAUAGGUGAUCGCACCUUUGAAGUAUCCCAAAUGAAAACUAUUGCCUAUCGGGAGUCAAACAAGUCAGCACAACAUUUAUAGUCCCUGUUGCCAGACACGCCUCUGGGACACGGACAGAGAUGCUCUAAAGGAAUUUUUGUUCCGUUUGUGAAGAAGAACAAUGGAGGAAAUGCUAUAAUGACGUGCGCUGGGAAUGUCAUGAGAAUGACACCGGACCGAAAUCAGCCCGAAGUACUUGAAACGAGGAGGCUUGGUGGGAUCUUAACUGAGAUUUUUAUACCAAUGACGACGUACAUGUUUUGGUCAGAAAAGCCGGAUAUCCGGAUCCAAUAUUCGCUAAUAGAAUAGACACCAGAUAGUUACCGAUCAUGAUCAAGAAGCGGUAGUAACGCCUGACAACUAGGUAAGUAUCUGUGGCAGUCUUAUAUCCAUCAAAGUCUAAAAUUAUUCUAAUCUUUUGAUAAAAUCGUUAGCACACUGUUUUUUUUACAUAACUAGAGCAAAUGUGAGUAGGCACGAUCAUGGAAUAGUAAUAUGAAAGCACUAUUGAAACUAUU